AAACUCUUAAAUCCUCUAUUCUCAAAUACACAAGAAAAAGGAAAAAAAAUUAAUCUAGGCUAAGAAUCAAAAUCUUCUAAAUGGGAAGCCAAAUGAAGAAGCAAUCUGCUUGUGCUUUGGCAUUUUUCUUGAUUGCCUCAUGCACUAUGGCAUAUUCACCUUAUAAUUCUUAUGAUUCAUCAGAUUCAACCUACAAUAAAAUACCAACCACAGAAGUCAAAAGUGAUGACUUCAAGGCACCCGAAAAGGAAUAUAAGGAGUCAUUUUUGUCAAAAAAUAAUUACUACAAGAAGCCAUUAGUUUCAGAAGAUAACUAUAAGAAAGUACCCUCUGUUUCCGAACAGGAAUACAAGGUGUCAUUCUUGCCAAAGAAUGACUACAACAAGAAGCCAUUAUUUUCAGAAGAUAAUUACAAGAAGGCGUCAUAUGUUCCAGAGGAACCCUCAAAGGCUAAACCAGAAUAUAAGGAGUCAUUUUUACCAAAAUUUGACUACUUUAAGAAGCCAUCAGUUCAAGAAGAGGACUCCAAGAAGGCGUCAUAUGUUCUAGAUGUACCUUCAAAGGCUAAACCAGAAUAUAAGGAGUCAUUGUUACCAAAAUUUGACUACUUUAAGAAGCCAUCAGUUUCAGAAGAUAGCUACAAAAAGGAGUCAUAUGUUCCAGAGGAACCCUCAAUGCCGAAGGAAGAAUACAAGGUACCUGUUUUGCCUAAGAAUGACUACUUUAAGAAGUCAUCAGUUCCAGAAGAUAGCUACAAAAAGGUGUCAUUUGUUCCAAAGGUGCCCUCAGUGCCUAAAGAAGAAUACAAGGUGUCUUCUUUAUCAAAAAAUGAUUACUACAAGAAGCCAUCAGUUUCAGAAGACAACUACAAAAAAGUAUCAUAUGUUCCAAAGGUGCCCUCAGUGCCUAAAGAAGAAUACAAGGUGCCUUCUUUGUCAAAGAAUGACUAUUACAAGAAGUCAACAGUUCCAGAAGAUAACUACAAGAAGCCAUCAUUUCCAGAAGAUAACUACAAGAAGGUGCCAUAUGUUCCAGAAGUACCCUUAGUUCCUAAACCAGAAUACAAGGUGCCUUCUUUGCCAAAGAACAAUAAUUACAAGAAGUCAACCGUUUCAGAAGAUAGCUACAAGAAGGUAUCAUAUGUUUCAGAGGUACCCUCAGUUACUAAACCUGAAUACAAGGUGCCUUCUUUCCCAAAGAAUGACUACUACAAGAAGCCAUCAGUUUCUGAAGAUAACUACAAGAAAGUGUCAAAUGUUAUUCCAGAGGUACCCUCAGUUGCUAAACCUGAAUACAAGGUGCCUGCUUUGUCAAAAAAUGACUACUACACGAAGCCAUUCCCUUCUCCGUCACCACCACCUCCAUAUUAUUAAAUUUCCAUCUCUCUUGUUGAACAUGCAUGUUUCAUUUAAGUUCUUCUCCAGCUCAACAUAUAUAACCCUUAGGGUUCUCAUGUUAUGAGUUAGAAGGCAUGAUAUCAAAGUUUGUAAUUCUUUAUUUAUUUUUUUCCUUUUCCUACUUCGGAUUGUAAUUGUUUUGUCAUUUAAAUUAUAUUAUGAAUGUUUUCAGAGAU